AUGACAAACGAGUUGCAGCUAGGGAAAGGCAGCCGCUACUCCAUCACACUUCUCGUUUUCUUCGGUCCAUAUGUACUCUUCCAGUUCCCGGCGGCAAUGGUCGUGCGCAAGUUGGGACCUCGCGUGUUUCUAUCGUCCAUCGUUUUCGCAUGGGGCAUCGUCAUGAUUUGUUUUGGAUUCGCUCGAGACUGGAAGACCUUGAUUGGCCUGCGCAUGAUCCUUGGGGCUCUGGAGGCUGGGUGCUUCCCGUCUCAGUAUUAUCUGAUAUCCUCGUGGUAUUCUCGAUUCGACCUUCACAAGAGAACGUCCGUAUUCUACCUCAUAGGUGUAGUCGGAUCGGCCCUUGGAGGCGUGCUAGGUCUACUAUUUUCUCAGAUGAGCGGAUUAGCCAACUACAAGGGAUGGAGGUGGAUUUUCAUCAUGGAAGGCAUCAUCACCUGCCUCAUCGGCCUCUUAGGUUUCAUCUUCAUGGUCGACUUCCCCGAAACCGCCUACAAAUCGUUCAAAUUCCUCACUGAAAAGGAAUGCCAGUUUGUGGUGAGGAGAAUCAAUCGAGACAGACAGGAUGGCGAGCCAGAGAAAUUCGUGCUAAGGAGUUGUUCCACAAUACAAGCCUACUCGGUCGGGUUCUACCUGCCCAUAAUCCUUGAGAAAGAAAUUGGCUUCUCAGUCCCAGUCGCCCAGGCCUUGAGCACGCCACCUUACGUCGCGGCAAUGAUAUUGAUGUUCUUCGAAGGACUUCUGUCUGAUCGCGUCCGACUCCGAGCCCCGUUUUUGGUCUUCAAUGCCCUCAUUGCCACCACGGGUAUCAGUCUCAUGUGCUGGUCAAUAAUUCCUGGCGUCCAGUAUCUUGGGGCCAUUCUCGUCACAGCAGGGAGUAGUGCCAACUUACCAGCCGUGAUGGUAUACCAGGCAAACAACAUCAGAGGACCUUGGAAGAGGGCAUUCUGUAGCGCAAGUAUGAUCAGCUUUGGUGGCACUGGAGGCGUGGCUGGGUCGCUCGUCUUCAGGGCUCAGGAUGCACCGAAGUAUUUGGCUGGGAUAUAUGCCUGCCUGACUGCAAAUGGUGUCAUAAUUGGAACCACGGCGAUACUGACAGCAUACUUUUGGGUACGCAACGCUCAGGCCGAGAAGGGCUUGUAUGUAAUUGAGAAGCUAGCUGCCUUCCGAUACACCCUUUAG